AAUUAAAAACCUAUUUCCUCUGGGCUAAAAUUCAUUGCAUUCGUGCUAUUUUAGUAAAUAGAUAUUUUCUGUAAUCAUAUCAACGUUAGAACCUUAGAUUUAAUACUCGUCUCGUAACUUUCUAAACCCUCUGCUCCGCUGCUCCUCCCGUCACCAGGCUAUUUCCUCUCUGAGCUAAAGCAAAGAUGGCGGAAGAGGAGAAGAGUGGUGAGCCUGUGAAAGAGAAGAACGAACUGCAAAUUAUGAAGGAGCUCGUGGAUGAACUGUAUAAUUUCAGAGAUUGCUAUUUUGAGACUCACAGUGUGGAGGAAGCUGGCAGGAAACAAAGUGAUGUCGCACAGGAGAUCGAAAAGACACUCAAGCAGCUGGAGGAGAAAGAAGAGCAUUUGAAACACAAAGCAGAGUUUCUGCUGCAGAAGGGCAGGUGUCUGAACGUGGCUCCUGACUUCAAUGCCGUAGCAGAAGAUUGCCUUUCCCGCGCUGUGAAGCUGGAGCCUGGCCUGGUCGAGGGCUGGAACACACUGGGGGAGCAGUACUGGAAAAAAGGAGACCUGAUCGGUGCCAAGAACUGCUUCACCGGCGCCUUGCAACAGAGCAAGAACAAAGUGUCUCUACGCAACGUGUCUAUGGUGCUGAGACAGCUGCCGGCGGCGGACAGCGACGCACAUAGCAAGCAGGUGAUGGAGAGUGUGGACAUGGCCCGACAAGCUGUCCAGCUGGAUGUCACAGACGGGACGUCCUGGUACAUCCUGGGAAAUGCCUAUGUGUCCCUGUUUUUCACCAGUGGACAGAAUCCACAGUUGUCUCAACAAGCUCUAAGUGCCUACGCUCAAUCUGAGAAAGUAGACAGAGCUGCCUCGUGCUACCCGGAGCUGCAUUUCAACCGAGCCACUCUGUUCCAGUAUGAGGAGAUGUUCGGGUCGGCGCUCGGCGGCUACAGCCGAGCCGCGGCACUCGACCCGGGCUGGGAGGAGCCUCCAGGCAGAGAGAAGCAGCUGCUGGAGUAUCUGGAGAAAGUCACAGAACUCUUACAGAACAAGGGGAAGGUGAAGGCGCGUCGGUUAAGGACGAUGCUCUCUAACCUCAGCACGUCGGCCUUGGGUCCCUGCGCCUCCCCUCAGUUCCGUUCUCCGACGGGCCGCGUCGGCAGCCUGGAGCCUCGAACUCUCUCCUCCCUCACGCACGGUCACAACGCUGGUGUGGCCGCCCUGGGCAAGGUGGUGUUCAGCCUGGCCUCUGAGGGUUGCAUGGCCUUUACGUUUGGCAUGGUGGACAGCGCGGAGUCCUGUAUACUGGUGAUGGUGUACAACACCGCUGACAGCUGGGGCGUCCUGAUCGGAGACACUGUAGUCAUUCCUGAACCUCAGGUCAAACGAAACAGUAUAACGCAUAAAGAUGAGUCGUUUGACUUCAGAAGUAUACGAGUGGACUCUCCUCUGCUGCUCAUCGUCAACGGCAAGAAACAAAACGUCCAAAGUCAGAUUGCUGCCUCCGUCAGCUACAAACCCCAGAGCGAAUGAGCUGAACGAGCAACAGGAAGUGCAGCAAGAGGACCAAUUUUUUGGGGGGGAUUUCAAAGACCAGUUUGGAUAACUAUGGAAGUUUCCAAAGUUUGUGCCUGUUUUUAUGUGUUGUUUUGUAAAUAGAGGUCACCCUGUUAAUUUGUCUUUAGAUAGACACUUUGUUAAUAUUAUAAAUAUUGCUUCUUUUUGUAUUCUGUUGUUGUGGAGACAACUCUGAGUUCUUUUUUUUUUGUAUAUGAAUGAACCUGUGAUGAUGACAUUAUGAUGUCAGCCUUGUUACAAAAAUCCUUUUACCGUAAAUUUAUUGUUUUGCGUUUUGUCUUAAAACAGCAUAGGGCCACCAGGGGUCCUAAAAAAUGUACAUGAUGAAAUGUACUAUAUUGGUAUUUAAUUUAUUUUACUUUUCACAGAAUACAUUUGGACACUUCAUAGUAGGAAAAGCACAGGUAUUACAAAAGAUAUUACCGAUGGCUCGACUCUAUUUAAUUGUUCCCAGUAAACUGUGACAGUGAACCAGCGUGCACAAUACCAGAACCCUGAAAAGGAAGCAGCUAAAUGGAUCAUUUUAUUAUUUAAUGUUACCGACUGUAAUGUCAAAAUGUGUUCUGUGGAAAAGACCUCUUGAUCAGAUAUUUCACCACAAUGUUACUCAUCAAACAGUUCAAAGAGAAUCUGUACAAAACACACUGGGUUUACCAGUUUACCAGCUGCUUUGGUUGUUUGUUAUGCAAGGAAAAUGUUCCCAUUACACACAAUAUCCAAGUCUAGACCUCAGUGGGGUUCCUUAUGCUUCCAAUCAACAACCAACCAAUUGCUCAGGUUUAACCCAGAUUGGCCAAAUUGCUCACAGUGUGCAUGACAGACCACCUACUGUUAUUCAUUCAGAAACAUAUGUACUGUAUCCAUAUAGGAAAAUGUAUGAUUUGAUUUAUUUUUAUUAUAGAGCAUUUCUUACUUUUUGGACCAAAACAAAGCAUCCAUUAUCUUUACUUCAGUUCGGGUGAGACUACCCCCUCUUACUCCAACCCACUAAACUUCUUAUACUUUU